UUUAAAAUCGAAGGACAAGUGCAUAAGAGGGAAAGGGCGCAGUAGCCAACCCCCAGAAUGAUAUGAUCCUCAAGAAGUUCUUCAGCAAAAUUUCCCAAUAUGUUCCUGCUUCCUUCAAACACCCACCCUCCUCCGCCUCCGCCUCCGCCUCCGCCGCCGGAUACCUGGUCGUCGCCCCCCGUUCCGAAGAUUCGUUUGGGGACAUAAGUUCAAUACUGCAGCAGGGUGCUGGUGAUCGGCAUCCCCAUAGAAUCGAUGAAUCUUCGCAGAGAGAAGUGGAGGUACCAUGGACUCCAAAUCUACCAACGAGUGUGGAUGCAUCAAAUCGCAAAAAGGAAAUUGCUCUCUAUAGGAGGCAGAGGUUUAAUUCCAGCACCCACCAGAAUGGUCGCUUUAGUAAUCUGAUGGAGAUGUGUACCAGUAAGCUAGGGGGUGGAACCACUGUGGAAGUGUUUAAAAGAUUGGGAAAUAAAUCUAGUCUCCAAGAGUGUAAUGCAUUGAUACAAAAAUGCGUAGAUGAGGCUAGGGUGGCUUCUGAUGAAGUAGUUGCAGGAAAACAUAUGCAGAUUGCUUUCCAAGUAUUUGAGUCACUUAAGGAACGGGGUUUCCCACUCGAAGAGCAGACUUAUGGUCCGUAUCUUGAAUAUCUUAUCGACAUGGGCAUGACAGAAGAAUUUUCCUCAUUCUGCAGGGAUAUUAAAAAAGAAAACCCUUCAUUACUUCCGGCAUUAGGUUACUAUGAGAUGAGGUUAUGGAUCAGAGUCAAUGAUAAGGAAAAGAUACAAGAGCUAUGUAACGGCAUUGAGAGUCAUGUUGGAGAAAACAAGUCGAUGUUACGAGUGAAAUAUCUGUUAGCACUUUUUGAAAAUGACCGGGCGGAGGAGAUUGAACAGCUGUUACAAACGAUGGACAUCACAAAGUUCUCAUCAAAAGAUUUGGUACGUAUCUUUAAAUGCCUGGGAAGGCCGCAAUUGGAGUCUUUUGCAGAGAAAUUCCUUCUGGAAAUUAAAGAACGUGACUGUGCAGCAGAGGAGAAAUCGAACUUGAUCUAUAUUUAUGUUGUUGGCAUUCCAAAUUUAGCGGUUGAGGAUGUCAUUUCAAAAUUUAGAAACUUGCACACAAAACUUGAGAUGAUACCUUCAUCUGAGUCUUAUAAAGAGCUUAUCAUCCACAGUUGCAAUUCACUUAAGGUGCAUGUGGCUCUUGAGCUUGUGGAUGAGAUGUCUGAAUUGGGUUUGGAAUUUAAACUGGAUGCAUUACACCCCAUUUUACAAGCUAGUAUUACGAGCUGUGACUUUAACCUGGUUCACCAAAUCUAUUUGAUAAUUAACCGACGCAAUUUGUCGCCAACUAUUGAAACUUUCAGGAUUAUGAUAAACCUUUGUGUGAGGAUGAAGGAUUAUGAGGGUGCCUAUCGCAUGCUGAGUGAUUCGAAGGAAAUGAAUUUGAAUCCUACAGCUGCCAUGUACAAUGCUAUAAUGGUUGGAUAUUUCCGAGAGAAGAACAUGUCCCGUGUGUCAAUGGUUCUUAAACAAAUGAAAGAAGCUAAAGUAGAACCGGAUUCUCAGACUUUCAGCCUUCUAAUAACCAACUGCAACUCUGAAGAUGACAUAAACAUGUAUUACAAAGAAAUGACGCAAUCUCGAAUUCAAGUUACCAAGCAAGUUUUCAUGGCUCUUGUAAAUGCAUAUGCAGCUUGUGGACAGUUUGAAAAAGCAAAACAGGUACUUUUAGACGGAGGGAUUCCAAUAAAGAGCUCCAAUGAAAUUAAAAGCGUGCUCGUCCAAGCACUUGCGUCACAUGGGCAGUUGUUUGAUGCAUUUAGUAUAUUUGAAGAGAUCAAGCAAGAUGGAUACCGUUUGGAGCCGAAAGCUGUUAUAAGUCUCAUUGAGCACCUUCAAGCGGAUGAAGAUGCAUUAAGCAAAUUACUCCUUCUACUUGAUACAGUAGAAGAUCCAAACUAUUGGUGCGAUGGUUGCUUGAGAACUAUCUCAUAUUGUGUUCGCUACAAACAUUUAAGACCUGCCAUCAAUUUGAUUGAGCAACUCAGGGAUCAAGUCUGCACUGACGAAUUAACUCUGGAAGUAAUUUUUGAUAAGGUGUUCUACUUCAUCGCAGAAUCCGAGUCUACAUCUUUGCAGUUUGGCCUAGAUUUGCUUCAUGCUAUGAAGAGUGAACUUGACCUCACCCCUUCACGAAAAUGUCUUGAUUUUCUUCUCCACGCUUGUGUCAGUGCCAAAGAUCUGCAGAGUUCCCUAUUUGUUUGGAAAGAGUAUCAAGCCGCUGGCCUGCCUUAUAACAUUAUAAGUUUCUUGAGGAUGUAUCAAGCCCUUUUGGCCACAGGCGAGCUAAAGGCUGCUAAGAUUUUGGAACGUAAAAUACCUAAAGAUGAUCUUCAUGUUCGGUCUAUCAUUGAAGCAUGUCAAUCGACUUAUUUAAAGAAGACGGACGGAAACAGAGUGACAAAGAAAAAGAAAAAGAAAGAGAAAAACAACAUUAUGUAGGAAUGUAUAAAUCAUCAUCUUUUGUAUCAGAACCUGAACAAAUAAGUCAGAUAAGGACCUUCAUGUGGGAUUAGUCCCAUUCAUCUAAUUUAAAUUCUACAAAUGCUGGUUCUAGUAUCUAUAUUAUUAGUGCCCAUUGUUUCAGAGCAAGCUGUAUAAUUCACUUCUUCCCGGCUUUAAGAAUACUCGCUAUGACUGUCCUUUUCUAAAAUGAACAUUGCAGAUCACUUUUCAGACAGAA